AAUUUUGUAGUGGGUUUUUACUUGAAAUAAAGUGUAUGAAAUUAAAUUUGUGGAAAUAAAAAAUUCUUCGCAGGAUAUACAAUUUGGUUUUGCACAUGCACAGGCGUUUGAUAAUUGAUUUAUAGUAAACAAUUUUCACAAUGAAUGAAGGAAGAACUGCUAUUCAACGAUGUGAAGAACUUAUGUCUCGAUGGAAAUCUGAUCGUAAUUCACCAACAUUUAAUCCUGUCCCCCUUUUAAAUAAUUUUUCAGAACUACUUGAAGAACAAAUCAACUUAUUCUUCAGUACUGAUCCAGAUCCAUUCGAUGAUCGUCAUCCAUUAAGAACAGAUUCUAGUUGUGAUUUAGGCCAGAUAUUACGUCUUCUAUCAACACAUGAAUCAUUUCUAGAGCGUUUAACAUAUGUUUAUUUAGUUGGUUCAAAUGAUCCAUCCAAUGAACUUGUAAUUGCUGCAUCACGAUUACUCUGUACAAUGAGAUUAGGUGUCACUCUAUCAUUCACACUGGAUGAAGAAGACUUAACAAUUAACACAUUGUACAAGUUAGCAUUAAGUGAAGUGGAGCCAACGAAUUGUUAUGCCUUAUUUCUUCUUGGUUCUGUUCUCGACAAUACAGAAUUAUUGUAUAUUACUCGACAAAAGAAUAUACAAUUGAUUCCAGUUGUAUUGAAUCGUCUACUCAAUUAUACAUCUCAGUUAAAAACUGAAUUAGUUUCAGCUAUCCAAACGAAUCAAGAAGUUGGUAUGACAAAUCUGUUAGGAAAUUUUAUUUUAAAUCCUCUCAAGACUGAGAUGAAGAUUAGACUAUCUAUUGCUUACUUGAUUCCAUUGGCUGAAUAUCAAGAUCUUAUGCCAUUCAUGUACAAUGGAGGCAUUUUAGAUCUUAUUUAUACUUAUCUUAUGCCAGAAGUUGCCUCUCGUGAUAUUCGCUUAACAUUUGAAGCUUUACGUUUAUUGGCCAAUCUUUUAUGUCAUCGUUGUGUUUAUUUAGAAUUUGUUGAACAAGAUGGUUUACAGGCUGUUCUUCAAGUACCAAGACCAUCAGUAGCUGCUACAGCUGUUAGUGUAGUUCUUUACUAUACAGCCUACUUUGAAGAUGCUAUGGAACGAGUUUGUCAGCUAUCCAAUAAUCUACUUGAUGAUUUGAUCAAAUAUUCACUCUGGCUGGUAGAAUGCUCCCAUCCUUCGGCUCGGUGUUAUUCUCUAUUUUUCUUACACUUAGUCCUAUGCUAUGGUAUAACAUUUCGAAGAUUUGAACAACAGAACGGUUUAGUAUAUCUGUAUAAUGCCAUAUGUGUCCUACCAUUACGACUGACUGAAGAUAAUCCAACCACUUUGAAAGAUACAACUUCAUGGCAUGUUGUUCGUGCAAGUCUAUGUGCUAUUCGUCGUUUCUUAGAAAUUAGUCUAUUGUUAUGGAUUGAUACAAUUGACCCUAGUUUGGCAAGUUUGUUCGAUGAGUCUCCACGAGCUGUAGCUGCUGCUGGAUAUCGUCCGAUAACAUAUACUGCUGAACAAUUCUCUCGACUUAUGUCCUUAAUAGUUUCUCGUAUUCGUCCAGAUACUGUUUGGCAGCCUAUUCAACAACUUAGAGAUUGUGGUGCUAUUGAUGUACUGUAUCGUAUUAUUGCACGCAACGUAUAUGCACAUAACAACUGGCCGUGUCGUAGUGAAUGUACUCGACUGGCUGUAGAUAUUCUCAACCUAAUGUCUAUAACUUAUGAUUUAGCUGAUGAGAUUGUUGUUGCUGAUGUUUACUCAUUUCCUAGUAGUAUAGGCUCAGCAACAUUUCUCGGUCCUACUCCAUUACUUUCAUCACUAGGAGGUGGAGAAGAUAGUCCAACUUCAGACUUUGGUUCAGCUGAUGUCACCGUUCAUUUGCCUUCACCACGUGGAAGUGGUCCUACACAUCGUCGAGGAUUAAUUAACCAGUUACUUCAGAUAGUUGAACAGGUUGGUAAUGAAGGUAUUGUACGGGAAUCGAGUCGAGAGGAUGGGCGACGACCAGUGUUAAGAAGAUCUGAGAAUCAAAAUAGUGGGACUGCAUCACAUUCAGCCAUACCAACAGAAAAUCAGCCAAGAUUAAAUUCUGUUCAAGCCACUGGCUCAAAUUUUACUCCUGAAUCUGCUUCUAGGCCUCAAGAAAGAACAAGUGAUGGUGAAGAAAAUGCUGCAGAAAGCUCUUCCACUUUAGAUGAACGUAUCAAUGGUUUACAUAUGCUAUUCAGUAUUUCUCGUGAAGAUGAUAACUGGGAUGUAUCAGUUCAUAAAGCUGUCUUAGCGUUUAUAUGCACAUUGGUGUAUCGUCCAGUUGUAGAACAUGAACAUCCAGACCAACCGAUUGCAGUAACAGGUCUCUUGUCAAAUUUCACAUCUUUACCGAAUUCGAAUAUGGGAAAUAAUGUUGCUGCACCAUCAUCACCACCACCUCCAAGAAAUUCAAUGAAUACUUCACCUUCGAUUAGUAAUUCAUUCAAGACCCCACAGCGUACAACUGGUAUUCGUAGUUCAGUGAAUCGUAAACGCCGUCAUGAUGAUACAUUAACACCAUCAAGUCCUUUUAUAUCAUCAAAUCAUAGUACUCGAAUCAAUCGACCAUCAACUCCACCUUCACAAACAGGAACAUAUAUGGCUCCAUAUUCUGAAUCAUAUAUGCCAUCUCCUUUUGGACGUCAAAAAUCUACUCAACUUCUUUAUCGUCAAGCAAAAUUAUGGAAUAUUGUUCGACGACAACAUGGUAUAAUGGUAUUACUUUAUCAUUUAGAAACAAAACAACCUAUAUCUGAGGCUGAUAGUGUUCGAACUUUAGCCUGUCGAGGAUUAGUUGGGCUUGCACGCUCUGAAGAAGUUCGUAGUAUGCUAGCUAAACUUCCAUUGUUUACGAAAGCUCUUUUACAAUUACUAAUGAAAGAGCCUGUUCUACCUGAUCGAUUAACUGAACAUGCGGAAUUCUGUCGUUAUGCUACCAUGCUUAUACGCUUGGUUGUUGGAACAUUAUCUGAUGGUGUAUUGUCUGGUGAUAUGUCAUUGGAACGUGUUCGUCGAGCAGAGAUCGUUGCUAAAACACGAAUUCAAUGGGAUCAAGAAGAAUUACUAGAAUUAAUAUAUCGACAUUUACAAAGCAAAGGUUUGUAUGAAUCUGCUACAGCACUACAACGUGAAGCCCGUUUAAAAAUUGUCCCAGCUGCACCUAGUCAACUACCACUUUAUGAUGAUUUCAGUCGACCUCCUGGUGAAACACCUCCAUAUCAACCUUCUUCUGGAGUUGUCCAUGUUUCUGAUUAUACAAAUACGAGUACUGAUAUAUAUAAUGGUUUAAAGCGUGAUUUAGAUCUGAAUGAAUCAAAUUCAAUGAUUUCUACUACUGAAAAUAUUGGCCCAACUGGUGACGGUGAUCCUCCUCCAACUCCAAGUUUAAGGCUGACUAAAAUUCGACAUAGUGCAACUCCUAUUCAAACACCGAAGCCUUGUCGUGACAGAUUUGAAAGACCUGGUUUACCAAAUCUCUAUCUCAAACCGAUAUCAAUUCAACCUGUCUCUGAGAUGACAUUGUCUAAAGUAGUCGAAUCAUUUCUUCUGCAUCAACAUUCUCAAUGUCCUCAUCCUGUUUCUGUUUGUCCAAAAUUCUCUCUAUACUAUCCACAUCGUUGUCCAGAACCUCGACCAAAUAAACAGACUAAUUGUUGCCAACGUUUACUUCUACGUGAAGAUCAUUAUGGGUCAUUAAAACUGAGACCUUCGACGAAAGAGCUUAGACACUUCUUACAUCGAAGAUUCCAACCGACUGCAGUUAUUAGAGAGGCUGAUGACGAUCUGUUGACAGCGUGUUGUUUUUCUCGAACAGAUGAUGGCCUAUUUUUAGGCUCAAAUUCAGGAGCUAUUGCAUGGGUUAACGUGGAAGAAGAUGGUUUACCUAUAGAAUUGUUUCAUGGACAAAGUUCGUCUAUUCGACGUCUAGCUCAUACACGUGAUGGUGAACGUUUAUUAGUCUGUUCUGAAUGGGGUGAACCGGCUACAGUUGUGGCUAGACUUAGACCAGCCACAAGUAUAAGUUCAAGUUCAAACAGUCCUUGGGAAACAGUUUCUGAAGAUUUUGUAUUUCAUGUAUCAGAAGCACGUUAUGCAGAAUUCAGUAAUACAGGUCAUCAAGAUCGUCUGGUAGCAACUUAUGGAAAAAUGGCUAAGGUAUUUGAUCUUACAACUGGAUCUCGUGUUUCAGACUUAUUUUCUGCAGUCAAACAAAGUGGUUACGUCUUAAAUAAGGCAACAUUUUCUCCAUCCGAUCAUUUAGUAUUAAACGAUGGUGUUGUAUGGGAUUUAAGGUGUUCUGGAAUGUUUUCCAGUAACUUUUCAAGUUCAUUACAACAUCCUGGUACUUCAUCUAGACCUAUACAUAAAUUUGAUAAAUUUCAAGAUAUUGUAUCAGGUGUUUUUCAUCCAAAUGGUCUUGAAAUAAUUAUUGGUUCUGCUGUAUGGGAUUUACGAACAUGGAGGUUAUUGCAUACUAUUCAAGCAUUAGAUCGACUUGAAGUUCAGUUCAAUGCAUCUUAUGAUGUAAUAUACGCUGGUAUAUUUGGCCUAGAUGAUGAAGAGUACGCUGAAUUAGGAAGUAAUCGUUUGGUAAUGCAAAACAUGUUCCGUACAGUAGAUGCUAUAGAUUAUAGUUUAAUUGCUUCAGUCGAUGUGCGUCAUCGAAUUGAACAAUUAGCGCUUGAUACAGCUGGACAAUCAUUAGCAUUAGUUGAAAAAAUUGGUGAGAAUAACAAUAAUGAACCUAUUACUCAAUGUAGAAUUUAUAUGGUUGGUCGUAAACGUGGAGAACGUGAACCUGAUAACGAUGAUGAAGAAGGACGUGAAGAUGAGGAUGAUGACGAAGAUGAUGAUGACGAUGAUGAUGAAGAUGAUGAUUUAUUGAAUGGAGAUGCUGCUGAUGAACUUGCCCAAAUACUUGAUGAAACUUCAGAUGAUAUGACUACUACUAGUAGUAGUAGUAGUAGUGAUUCAAGUUAUUGGAGUCCAUCUUCAAAUGAACGUCAACGUGCUAGAAGACGACGUACACGUCGCCGACGUACAGAAACUACUACAAAUUCUACAGAAUCUGCUAAUAUUGUUAAUGAAGUGGUGAAUAAUAAUGAUAAUAAUUCUACUUUGAAUCCUGAAAAUCUUAUCACUAAUUCUCAUUCCAAUGAGAAUGUAAAUAACAAUGAAGAUGAAGCUGAUGAUGAUUCAUCUUGGGAAACACUUGAAGAAGAGGAAGUUACAGAAAUUAUGGAAACUUCAUCAGAAGAUUGUUAAUAAUCUGUUGUAUAUUACAUACAUAUAUUGUCAUUGAAAAUUUUCCCAUUGUAAAAAAGAAGAUUAUUCCUUUCUCUUUUUUUGUUGUUUGUUUGUUAUUGUUCAUUGUAUUCUAGUCUUUUUUUUUCAUUCCCCUCUUCUCCCAGGUUUUAAUUCAGUCUUCAUAUUGUAUUCAUCAAGGUUUGUUUAAUGUUUUCUGUUCAAAGUGAAAUUAUCAAGAUUUUUUCCUUCUAAACUACUGGAUGAUAAUAUCAUAAUUACAUUUUAUGUUUAUCAUUUGAGAUACAAAAAAUUGUACUCUAGUGUUGUAAAUAAGUAAACUGAUGAGAUGAAGAAAUUCAGUAAAAAUUUAACAGUUGUUAGUGGCAGUGGCAGAGUGUUAUACUAACCAAUUUAUUGUACACAAUGAUAGUUUAUAUGUUUUGUCUUAUUUUAUAUGCUGUUCAAAAGUGUACUGUUUUUUUUGUUGUUGUUUGUUUCAACUGCCUACCAUCUAUCUUGAUACAGUUGAUAAACAAUAUAUAUCUAAUUGGAUUCAAGGAUUGUUGAAUUUAGUAUUUGAUAAUGU